GGGACUUUUAACUGUUUUAGUCGCAGCGCCGCUUUUAUUUUUCUGCUUCCGCCCUCUCUCGCUCCUUUCCGGUUUGGACGCCAUUAGAGAAAGCAGAAAUGGCUAUACGAUAUCCUAUGGCGGUUGGCCUUAACAAAGGCCACCCAGUGACCAAGAACGUCAGCAAGCCCCGCCACAGCCGCAGGAGAGGGCGUUUGACCAAGCACACCAAAUUUGUGCGCGACAUGAUCCGUGAGGUGUGUGGAUUCGCCCCCUAUGAGCGACGUGCUAUGGAGUUGCUGAAGGUGUCCAAAGACAAGCGUGCCCUCAAGUUCAUCAAGAAAAGGGUGGGAACUCACAUCCGUGCUAAGAGAAAGAGGGAAGAGCUCAGCAACAUCCUGGCUGCAAUGAGGAAAGCUGCUGCCAAGAAGGAGUAAACUGUAUUGUUGGACAAAUAAAAUGUUUCUGU